AUGGCGUAUAAUGCAAUUUUUUAUAAAAAAAAUUGUCUUGUCAAUCAUGGUUACAAUGAUGUAGGUAUCAUUUGUAUUGAUAGAAUAAUCCUAAACUGGAUUGCUCGCCCACGAAUCCAAAUAAUUUACAUUCAGGCAAUUAAGGAUAAAACAAAAAUUGUUUCCUGCCCACGGUUCUGGAUUCGAAUUCUGGGCGCUGCAAAUAUUUAUUUAAACCACGAAUAUGCAUUGCGAGAGGCGAUGCACAAACUGUAA